AUGGCGAUGCGGCAAACCGUGCUCGUCGAUGAAAUAGUGCGACGGGUCGAGGCGGUACUACUGACCGUGCUCGUCGGUGAAAUAGUGCGGCGGGUCGAGGCGGUACUACUGACCGUGCUCGUCGGUGAAAUAGUGCGGCGGGUCGAGGCGGUACUACUGACCGUGCUCGUCGGUGAAAUAGUGCGGCGGGUCGAGGCGGUACUACUGACCGUGCUCGUCGGUGAAAUAGUGCGGCGGGUCGAGGCGGUACUACUGACCGUGCUCGUCGGUGAAAUAGUGCGACGGGUCGAGGCGGUACUACUGACCGUGCUCGUCGUUGAAAUAGUGCGGCGGGUCGAGGCUGUACUACUGACCGUGCUCGUCGUGAAAUAUGCGGCGGGUCGAGGCGGUACUACUGACCGUGCUGUCGGUGAAAUAGUGCGGCGGGUCGAGGCUGUACUACUGACCGUGCUCGUCGGUGAAAUAGUGCGGCGGGUCGAGGCGGUACUACUGACCGUGCUCGUCGGUGAAAUAGUGCGGCGGGUCGAGGCGGUACUACUGACCGUGCUCGUCGGUGAAAUAGUGCGGCGGGUCGAGGCGGUACUACUGACCGUGCUCGUCGGUGAAAUAGUGCGACGGGUCGAGGCGGUACUACUGACCGUGCUCGUCGGUGAAAUAGUGCGGCGGGUCGAGGCUGUACUACUGACCGUGCUCGUCGGUGAAAUAGUGCGGCGGGUCGAGGCGGUACUACUGACCGUGCUCGUCGGUGAAAUAGUGCGGCGGGUCGAGGCGGUACUACUGACCGUGCUCGUCGGUGAAAUAGUGCGGCGGGUCGAGGCGGUACUACUGACCGUGCUCGUCGAUGAAAUAGUGCGGCGGGUCGAGGCGGUACUACUGACCGUGCUCGUCGGUGAAAUAGUGCGGCGGGUCGAGGCGGUACUACUGACCGUGCUCGUCGGUGAAAUAGUGCGGCGGGUCGAGGCGGUACUACUGACCGUGCUCGUCGGUGAAAUAGUGCGGCGGGUCGAGGCGGUACUACUGACCGUGCUCGUCGGUGAAAUAGUGCGGCGGGUCGAGGCGGUACUACUGACCGUGCUCGUCGGUGAAAUAGUGCGGCGGGUCGAGGCGGUACUACUGACCGUGCUCGUCGGUGAAAUAGUGCGGCGGGUCGAGGCGGUACUACUGACCGUGCUCGUCGGUGAAAUAGUGCGGCGGGUCGAGGCGGUACUACUGACCGUGCUCGUCGGUGAAAUAGUGCGGCGGGUCGAGGCGGUACUACUGACCGUGCCCGUCGGUGAAAUAGUGCGACGGGUCGAGGCGGUACUACUGACCGUGCUCGUCGAUGAAAUAGUGCGGCGGGUCGAGGCGGUACUACUGACCGUGCUCGUCGGUGAAAUAGUGCGGCGGGUCGAGGCGGUACUACUGACCGUGCUCGUCGGUGAAAUACUGCGGCGGGUCGAGGCUGUACUACUGACCGUGCUCGUCGGUGAAAUAGUGCGGCGGGUCGAGGCGGUACUACUGACCGUGCUCGUCGGUGAAAUAGUGCGGCGGGUCGAGGCGGUACUACUGACCGUGCUCGUCGGUGAAAUAGUGCGGCGGGUCGAGGCGGUACUACUGACCGUGCUCGUCGGUGAAAUACUGCGGCGGGUCGAGGCGGUACUACUGACCGUGCUCGUCGGUGAAGUAGUGCGGCGGGUCGAGGCGGUACUACUGACCGUGCUCGUCGGUGAAAUAGUGCGACGGGUCGAGGCGGUACUACUGACCGUGCUCGUCGAUGAAAUAGUGCGGCGGGUCGAGGCGGUACUACUGACCGUGCUCGUCGGUGAAAUAGUGCGGCGGGUCGAGGCGGUACUACUGACCGUGCUCGUCGGUGAAAUACUGCGGCGGGUCGAGGCUGUACUACUGACCGUGCUCGUCGGUGAAGUAGUGCGGCGGGUCGAGGCGGUACUACUGACCGUGCUCGUCGGUGAAAUAGUGCGGCGGGUCGAGGCGGUACUACUGACCGUGCUCGUCGGUGAAGUACUGCGGCGGGUCGAGGCGGUACUACUGACCGUGCUCGUCGGUGAAAUAGUGCGGCGGGUCGAGGCGGUACUACUGACCGUGCUCGUCGGUGAAGUACUGCGGCGGGUCGAGGCGGUACUACUGACCGUGCUCGUCGGUGAAUAG